AUGGAUUCAGAACGCUCUGAUACCGUCGCGCUCCAUCAAUCAUCCCGGGAUCCAGCCCGGUCGGAUACCGAUGCCGUGCAUCCAACGAAUGACUCUAAUUCAAGACCGCCGGCCCCUUCACGCGUCUCGACCUUUGGACCCAAAUGUUGGAUAUGUAUGAGCGACAAAAGUGAAGACGAUCCCAACAACCCCCCCGUAUGGUGCUCGCCGUGCUCUUGCAGUUUGACUGCCCAUGAGGCGUGCCUGUUGGAUUGGGUGGCGGAUCUCGAGAAUCCUAAGAACAAGAACAAGGGCUCUGGACACAUUCUAUGCCCUCAAUGCAAAUCCGAAAUCAGAAUAUCAAGACCAAGAAGCUAUGUGGUAGACAGCUAUCGCGCACUUGACCGCACGCUUGGAAAGUUAGUCCUGCCGGGACUGGGUCUGUCUUUUGUGGGCACAUUAUGGGCGGGAGCAUGGUUCCACGGAUUUCAAUCUGUCUAUUUGGUGUUUGGUCAUGAGGAUGCGGAUCGAGUUUUCAGAUAUGCCGUACAACGGCCCGAGUUUGCUUGGAUGUACUGCCUGAUUCCGGUCAAUCUGAUUCUCGCCCGCACUGACUAUGCCGAUUUUGCCCUUCCCGGCAGCAGUCUGAUUCUUCUUUCUACACAGAUCACCGACAAAUUUGACAUUGACAUGACCAUCUGGCCGCCUCUGCCAAGCACGGUAUUUGCUUGUUUACCUGCCAUGAGAUCGAUCUACAACCGUGUCUACCGUUGGACAUUCCGUGAUCUCAACCUCAAGUGGCUGGCGGAAGUGCAACCCAGACAUUCUCAACGAGGAGAGGCGCAAGUUGAAAAUGGUGGCAACGACAAUGAGGACGAAGCGCAAGAGGCGGUUGAGGAUGGAGAACUUAUUCUUCAAAUUGACGUCAAUCUUAAUGGCGAAGGAGAGGAUGAAGACGGACGCGAAGAGCAGGCAGGCCUUGCCGGGAAUGGGGGAAAUGCACAGGGUCACCCCGAGAACCAACACGUCCGUCGGAUAUUAGGCCGCCACGAUCUCGUUGAUGGCAGUGGGAGUAUCGGACAGACCGUCAUUGGAGCGUUAGUGUUCCCUGCGGUGGCUGCGGGAAUGGGCAAUCUCAUCAGCUGCGUCUUGCCGUCAUCGUGGCUGACUUACCGCAACUACACGAAUGGUCGGCCUGGACUGCUUUCGACGAAAUGGGGACGAAGCGUGAUGGAAGCUGGCCCAGGGACAUCGGCAAAGGCGCAUUAUGAAUUUUGA